CCAAAACCCCACUAACCUAACCAACUAGUUACCAACUGCACCAAAAAGUAAUAGGUACCUAGUCGCUAUCUUCUCAGAGACCCGUCACUUCGCCGCUUCUUUGAAUUCUGGUGAUACAUACCUUUUUACAACACCUCCAUUUACCGAGCAAUUCUUUCCACCCAUCGCACCUUUUAUUUUAGUGAUCAUUUUCUUCAUUGCUAAUAAACUUCUAACAUCAUUCUUCUUUCCUCAACUCUUCCUGCGCUCAUACUCGACAUCUUUUCUAUACCCUCAACUAAUAUUUCUCUCGACGCACACACCUAGAGCGAGGCUUUCUGUGGGUUUAUAGGCGCGUAGCCUGCCUCAUUUCUUCUUUCCCCCGCCACCCCAUUCGAGAUGGCGCCUACGAUCACAGAGCUGGACCUCAUGGUCCAGUCCUUCUACGACGGCCGUGGUGAGCAGCAAAAAGCUGCCCAAACUGCUUUGAACCAGUUCAAAGAAGAUCCCGAUGCCUGGCUUCUUGUCGACAAGAUUCUCUCCGAGUCGAGACAUCCCCAGACGAAAUAUCUUGGGCUCCAAAUACUAGACAAUGUCAUCAUGACGAGAUGGAAGGUGCUGCCCAGAGAACAGUGUUUAGGUAUUCGCAACUUUGUUGUAAACUUCAUUAUCCAAGCUUCUGGCACGGAAGAGUCGCUCAGGUCCCAGCGUACUCUUUUGAACAAGUUGAACCUAGUUCUUGUCUCUAUUCUGAAGCAGGAAUGGCCUCAUAAUUGGCCUACGUUCAUCAACGAGAUCAUCUCCGCUUGUCGAUCGAACUUAUCUAUUUGCGAGAACAACAUGAUCAUUCUUCGACUUCUUUCCGAAGAAGUUUUCGACUACUCCGCCGAGCAAAUGACCUCGGCCAAGACCAGAAACUUGAAGACGACUAUGUGCAACGAAUUCUCGCAGAUCUUCCAACUAUGCCAGGAGAUCCUUACCUCGGCGAAUCAGGCCAGUCUCGUGAAGGCUACUCUCGAGACGUUACUGCGCUUUUGCAACUGGAUUCCGCUAGGCUACAUCUUUGAAACGCCGCUCAUUGAGACUCUGCGAACACGAUUCCUUGAAGUUCAGGAAUUCCGCAACGUCACUCUACAAGUCUUUACUGAGAUUGGAGGCCUGGUGACCGGUGGACCGGGCCAGCCAAACGCAUACAGCGAACAGUUGGUCAAGAUGUUUGUCGAUGUGCUUACGACUAUUGCGGGUAUCAUCCCGUUACAUCUUGACCUCAAGAGCACAUACCCUCAGAGCAACUCCAAAGACCAGGAGUUCCUCCAAGAAUUGGCACUCUUCUUGUGCAACUUCUUUGGUCAGCAUGUUGAUCUGGUUGAGAAUCUCCCCAACCGAGAUUUCCUUACGCACGGUCAUUUCUACUUAAUCCGAAUUUCACAAAUUGAAGAUCGAGAGAUUUUCAAGAUCUGCCUAGAUUAUUGGCUAAAGCUUGUGCAAGAACUCUACGAGGAGAUGCAGACUGCGCCUCUGCAAGAGAUGAACCCGCUCAUGAUGGGCGGUGGCUCCGCCAGUGGAGCAGUGAAUCCGAACUUGCUAUUGAGCUUCCCGCUGCGCAUGCACAAGUAUAAGGAGGUUUUAUCCAAUUUGCGAGUGGUCAUGAUUGAAAAGAUGGUGCGACCUGAAGAAGUACUCAUCGUUGAGAACGAUGAGGGUGAGAUCGUGCGCGAAUUCGUGAAGGAGAGCGACACGGUGCAACUAUAUAAGACCAUUCGUGAAUGUCUCGUCUAUUUGACACAUCUUGACGUCGUUGAUACGGAAACUAUCAUGACCGAGAAACUCCAAAAGCAGGUUGAUGGUACUGAAUGGUCAUGGCACAACUGCAACGUCUUGUGCUGGGCCAUCGGCUCGAUCUCGCUGGCAAUGAACGAGGAAACUGAGAAGCGUUUCCUAGUUACGGUUAUUAAGGACCUGCUUGGCCUCACGGAAAUGAAGCGUGGCAAGGACAACAAGGCCGUUGUGGCCAGUAAUAUCAUGUACAUUGUUGGGCAGUAUCCUCGUUUCCUCAAGGCCCAUUGGAAAUUUCUGAAGACCGUCGUCAAUAAGCUGUUCGAGUUCAUGCAUGAGUCUCACGAAGGUGUCCAGGAUAUGGCGUGCGAUACGUUCAUCAAGAUCGCCAGGCAAUGCAGACGACACUUCGUUGCCUUGCAGCCUAGCGAGAACGAGCCUUUUAUCGAGGAAAUCAUUCGAAAUCUCCAGCGCAUUACAUGCGAUCUCACCCCCCAACAAGUUCACACAUUCUAUGAGGCCUGCGGAUAUAUGGUUGCGGCACAAGGAAACAAGCACCAGCAAGAACGGUUGCUUGCCGAGCUAAUGAAUGCCCCGAAUGCAGCAUGGGAUGAAAUCAUUAGACUGGCUACUCAAGAUCCCCAGAUCCUCCAGGAUUCUGACACAAUUAAGAUUAUCGGGAAUAUCAUGAAGACUAACGUCUCAGCUUGUUCCUCCAUCGGACCUUACUUCGGCCCACAGAUUGGCAGAAUAUACCUAGAUAUGCUACAGAUGUAUCGUGCUACUAGCCAGCUAAUCUCGGAGGCUAUUGCUCGCGAUGGCGAGAUUGCUCCCCGUAUGCCCAAGGUUCGAGGGCUAAGAACGAUCAAGAAGGAGAUUCUCAAGUUGAUUGAGAGCUACGUUGACAAAGCUGAAGACCUACAGGCGAUUCGCCAACAGAUGGUCCCGCAGCUUUUGGACUCGGUGUUGGUAGACUACAAUCGCAAUGUCCCAGGCGCCCGCGAUGCAGAAGUUCUGAAGGCUAUGUCUACUAUUAUCACGAGACUCACGGGCCUCAUGGAAGACCAGGUGCCGAUCAUUAUGCAGAACGUAUUUGAGUGCACUCUGGAAAUGAUCAACAAGGACUUUUCAGAGUUCCCAGAACACCGAGUAGAGUUCUUUAACUUGCUUAGAGCGAUUAACCUACACUGCUUCCCAGCACUCUUGAAGUUGGAUAACCGGCAGUUCAAGUUCGUUAUCGAUGCUUGCAUGUGGGCUAGCAAACAUGACAACCGCGAUGUCGAAGGUGCCGGACUGAACAUGUGCCUGGAACUGGUCACGAAUAUCGCCGAGAAAACCGAUGUACAGACUUCCAACGCAUUUUUCCAGCAAUUUUUCAUCAGCAUCCUGCAAGAUGUGUUCUUCGUAUUGACAGAUCCCGAUCACAAGGCUGGAUUCAAAACGCAAUCGCUAUUGUUAAUGCGCAUGUUCUACUUCGCACUUCCUGCAGAUGGUUCCACACCCAAGAUUCAGGGGCCCGUCUACACCGACCAGGCCCCCGCUGGGACGAGUAACAAGGAAUUCCUGACUGAAUUUGUCGCAGGUCUCCUACGCAAUGCUUUCCCAAAUUUACAGAUUGCGCAGAUUGGUGCAUUUAUUGAAUGCCUCUUCACCCUGAACGCAUCUUAUGAGAAGUUCCGACUUCAAGUCCGAGAUUUCUUAAUCUCUCUUAAGGAGUUCGCCGGGGACAACGCAGAUCUGUACGUUGUGGAGAAGGAGCAAGAGGCUCGUGACAAGCUGACGGCCGACCACGAACGACGAGCAAAGGUGGGAGGCUUACUCAAGCCAUCCGAGAUCGAAGCGGAGGACGACGAAUUGUGACUGCGUCAGGAGUUUAGAAGUGAAUUCGCCCCUCGGACACAACCGACGGAUUCUUCUGGUCCGACCUCGGUCGAUCAUUUCGACGGAUGGGAAGUGUAUGGGCUUUAGGAAACCUCCCCACGACACUCGGGUGAGACCAUGAGGCUCCAACUUUAUACCAUUCCCUCAUGUCUCUUUUAUUGCCUCUUUUCUAUUCUCUUGUACGUGAUACCAAGAUAGAACUGUCGUGGCUAGCAAUUACGGCAUUGCCCAGAUGGCUGUACCGUUUCGUAGCCAGUCAAGGCUAUGUUGCUCAGUUGCACAUUCUCUUUUACCAGGCCCUGAAUCUGGCGAGGAGUCAGCCGAGCAAAGGGGAGACGGUAUUCCUACGAUGGCCAACUAGGUGUAGGGCGAACCGAAAAAGGGAGGUGGAGUGAUGGGUAGGAGGCAUAAAUGAAUGCAUAUAUCUUGUUUCAUGGAAGAGGCUACGUUAAGAGAGAUAUGCGGCUACUAAGGAAAGGGAGGGCUAGUAAUGCGCCAAAUGAGACAAAAAAAGUUGGGGAGAUAGACCAAUUGUUCCGUUUAUAUCCCGGACAUAACUUCUCUUGUUGUUACUGGCUAGGCUCCUAUCUAGGUAGUUAAUGAUAAAUGGACUCGUUUAGUC